CGAGAGAUGGCAGAAGUCGCACCCGCUCCCGCGCCGGCCAAAGCGCCCAAGAAGAAAGCAGCUUCGAGAGCAAAAAAAGCCGGCCCUAGCGUCGGCGAGCUGAUCGUCAAAGCCGUUUCCUCGUCUAAGGAGAGGAGCGGCGUGUCUCUCGCUGCUCUGAAGAAAGCGCUGGCUGCCAGCGGAUAUGAUGUGGAGAAGAACAACUCCCGUGUCAAGAUCGCCGUUAAGGGUCUCGUGACUAAAGGCACUCUGGUGCAGACCAAAGGGACCGGCGCGUCUGGCUCUUUCAAGCUGAACAAGAAGCAGACCGAAGCCAAGAAGCCCGUGAAGAAAGCCGCGCCCAAAGCGAAAAAGCCCGCCGCCAAAAAGCCCCACGCGGCUAAGAAGCCUAAGAAGGUAGCAGCCAAGAAACCCGCCGCCGCGGCCAAGAAGUCUCCUAAGAAGGCGAAGAAGCCCGCCGCCGCCGCAAAGAAAGCCACCAAGAGCCCGAAGAAGGCGAAAAAGCCCGCGACCUCUAAAAAGGCAGCCAAGAGCCCCAAGAAAGCGAAAGCUGUCAAGUCCAAGACCACAAAGCCUAAAGUGGCAAAGGCGAAGAAGGCAGCACCCAAAAAGAAGUAAAGACGUUUGUUUCUUUCAUGCUUUUGUUCCUUAAACGGCUCUUUUAAGAGCCACCCAUAUUUUCCUUUAAAGAGCGACAAUUCAUUUUCAGUCGAGCUUUAUGGAAUCAAAGCAAUACACGUUAGAAACA